AUGAAGGAUAGUGAAAUAGACAUUAUGAAAUGUGAUUGCUCACAUGAUAUUUCAGUAGUGAAUAGUGAUGAUGAUAUGACACCGUUAGCUCUUAUUGAGGAUUACAUAGAAGAGCCUGAAUAUUCAAGAGGUGACAUUAAGCGAGCGCAUAAGAGAGUGUCUGUAAUGGACUUCAAGCAAUCGAUGAGAUGCGACAAAGAGACAGAAAUGAAAGAGAUUUCUUCUGGACUUUCAUGUCGACCCAUUUUUGGAUCUAAUACUACUGAAUCCGUUUUGGGACUAUCAGGUUCUACGCUGAAAAUCAUGCAGGAAUCUGGCGUUGAUAUCAAUAAUAACUUCAAUAUUGCAUCUGCUACAUCCUCCAUCUCCUACAACGAAGACCCAUACAUGUUAGAUGCUCUGGUAAACCAGCAGAAGAUGUCCCAAACAUCAUUGAAAUACUGCAUUAUCUGUGAAAAACCGCUCUACGAAAGAAGUAACUUGAUUCCAAUCGAUAGAAACUAUAGAGAAAUCGUCUGCUGCAACUGCUUCCAGGAAUACGAAAGUAUGUGGGCCAUCCUUAAGCGGAUGAAUAUUUCUACACAGAUUGAUAAUACUGAUGAUUGCACUUUUGCCACUCUCUCUAAAGACGAAACAGUGACUCAAGCAAAUAAGAAACGACGAUACCAGACUCAGAGUGCAGAUGCAAAAUCGCAGUAA